AUGGAUAGCCUCAGUAGAAUUGAUAUCGACAAAUUAGAAUCUUCGGAAACAGACAUGAGUGACAUUGAAGAUAUCCCGAAAGAAAGAAUGCCUAGCUUGAACACUCAUCAAGUAGCUUUUCGAAAUAGAGGAACUAAGAUCGAAAUGAUGUCGUCUGAGCCGGCGGAUAGAAAGCAAUAG